AUGACUUCACCAGAGCGCGUCCUAAAUGCAGAGGGCCAAACACGCCUCGUCAGGCAUUUUCAAGAUCAAAUUAGUGAGAUCGAAAGUCAUGCGGCCGGGUGGUCCAACCUUUGGGACACGGAUAAUAGCAACCUUUGGGAUCGUGGGAAACCUUCUCCAGCAUUGAUCGACCUCAUUGAGGAGAGACGUGACUUGUUCUAUCCUUUGACGGAAACGGGAAAGAAAAAGAAGGCACUAGUUCCGGGCUGUGGCAAAGGUUACGAUGUUGUCAUGCUAGCACUGCAUGGAUUCGAUGUAUACGGACUCGAUGUCUCAGCGACAGGCGUAGCUAUUGCCAGAGAGUAUGCCAAAGCAGAACUUGCAACACCGCAAGCCUAUAAUUUCGGGAAAGCCUGGAACUCCGUAGAAAGUGAAGGGCAAGCGACGGGUGAAGUUACGUUUAUUGAGGGAGACUUCUUCCAGUCAGAUUGGGAGACUGAGGGUCAGUUUGAUUUGAUCUAUGAUUAUACAUUCCUGUGUGCCCUUCAUCCCAGCAUGCGCCCCCGAUGGGCAUCUCGCAUGGGGGAACUUAUCUCUCCAAUCGGUAUGCUGGUGUGUCUUGAAUUCCCUAUGUACCAGGAUCCGAAGCUUCCCGGUCCACCCUGGGGUCUAAAGGGAGUACAUUGGAAUCUGCUCGCGGAGGGUGGUUGUGGUACUGUUUCGGAUAAAGGAGACGACGGGCUGAGAAAUCAAGGGAAAGCACAAUUUCGGCGGGUGUUGUAUGUGAAGCCUGCACGAUCAUAUGAGAGCGGAAAAGGAACAGAUAUGUUAAGUGUAUAUAUCAAAAAGCCUUGA